UGGAUAUCUUCAUUAAAAGUGCUGCGGCGUCAGAUGCGCGGCCGUGGAGAACAGUCUGGAGAUGGCGCCAAGGCGGACAAAAACACAAGAAGCGUGCAGAGUAAAGAAGAGCUGAGCCGGGAAAUGCGACGCACCAAGCUGGCUCUAUUCAUCCAACAGUUUGAGAAAGAAGGUGAGGUGGAGCCUCGCUGCAGCCGCACACACGUAAAGCCAUCCAUCUUUCCUUAGAGCGCAGGAACGCGUAAAUGAGCUGGAGGCCAAAAUGGAGAACACGCUGGCCACAGUGGAAAAAAUAUUCAAAGUGGAGCUGAUGAAGAUGCCUCCUUCUCUUCAAAACACCCUCAUAGGGGAUUUAAUAAGCGAUAAUUUAACAGUUUAUUGUGCCAUGGUUAAAAACACAAAACUGAAUUUCUCUAAGACGUCUCCACCACUAGCCUUCCCUGCAGUUUGCAGGAAGUGUCGGACGGCAUGGGGACAAAGCGGCCAAAUCCCAAACCAGUGUCUGUGCCGUACCUCAGCCCCUUGGUACUGCGCAAGGAGCUGGAAACGUUGCUGGAGAAUGAGGGAGAUCAGGUGAUCUACACCCACAAGUUCCUCAGCCAGCACCCAAUCAUUUUCUGGAACCUGGUGUGGUAUUUCCGCCGCCUGGACCUGCCCUCUCACCUGCCCGGUCUCAUCCUCACUUCUGAACACUGCAACAACGGAGUGCAGCUGCCUCUGACGUCACUGCCACAGGACAGUAAGCAGGUGUACGUACAGCUCCUGUGGGACAACAUCAACCUGCACCAAGAACCCGGAGAACCACUUUACCUGCUCUGGAGGACCUUUUUGGAGAAGAGGGGAACUCUGGGGCCAACAGACCACCAGGAGGUCCGCACUCUCCUCAACACCAUUGUUCGCAACAUCCAGACCAACGACGUCUACGGGCCGAUCAACCUGCUGAUCCGAGAGAUCAAACGGCGUCCAGAAGGGGUCAAACGACAGAGGAGCGUCUAUAGAGAAAUACUGUUUCUGUCACUGGUGGCUUUGGGACAGGAGAACAUCGACGUAGAGGCCUUCGACAGAGAGUACCACAACGCAUACAACCAGCUGAGUGCGGAGCAGCGCAAGUCUCUGCACUGCAUCGAUCGCCCGCCUACUCCCAGCGUCCAGUGGUGCCUUAAAUGUUUUGGAGCACCUUUCAUCUGAACUGAUCCUCUCAGCAGCAGAGACACAAACUCUUACUGUUCCUGCUUCAACUUUGGGGAACAGGGAGACUUUCGAACAUCUCCAGCUGGAUGAACAUGGUACUGCUUCUUCCGUUUGCCUCGGAAGAUGACGUUGGCCGUUUCAUGUUUCUUUGCUUUGCUUUAAAGAGGUUUUCCAAGCAGCUGCCUAAAAGUGGAACUGUUGUUGUAAACUUCCUGGAAAGCUGUAAUGAAUCUCUUCAGACUAGUUGAGUUGCUUUUCCUUACAGAAGCUGUAUAAAGCGAUUGAUCACUGUACAGAAUAUCUGUGUGUGUGCAUGUCAGCAGCCUUGCUCGUAGCCUUUUGCCUCCUUGGCUUAAAUCUGUCGUAGCUAUACUCGUAUCAGCUCGGUGUGAAACAGUGUACAGACUCUGACUCUAACUUUGUGCACUUUCUGAAGAAGAGUAAGUAAAUCAAGUUCACCUGACUUUUUGUACAGUUUAAGGAAAUCUCAGUCGAGGUUGCAUUUUUGUCAACAGCCCUGGUUGUUGUGAUCAGAGUCUUAAUGAAUGUUCACAUGUACAGGCUCACACUGGGGCUCUGUGUAGCUUUGUGUUGGAGCAUCACAUUUAAAUGGGAGAGGACUGAGGCUAUGGACAAUCACUAAUUAUCAAUCACUAAAAUAGAUUCAUAACAUUCCAGAUGCCCUGUACUCAAAGCAGGUCUCACAGGAGUAUUGAUCUCUGUGAUAACACAUGUGACAGCAGCUGUUUGGAAAGUAGAGAUCAUGAAAAACAGAGACAUCAAUCUGAAGCAUGAAGGUGCCACACCACUGAUUCCCACAGAUUAAAACAACAGAGAAACACAGACAGCAGAGGUUUCCUGGCUUCAGUCUUUUUUAAAGCUGCAUUUUUAACAGUAACAUACUGUAUUUGUUCAGCUAACAUGUCUUAUUCUGAUCAUAACUCAGAGCUGUGACUCUCAUUCUCUACUCUAGCACAGAGUGAACCACGACGGUUCAGACAGCAUCUCUUUUAUGGUUUACAUAAAAGUGCAGAGGACUCUUGAUGAGUGCUGAAACUGUGUCAGGACAGAAGGCCUGUGAUAUUUGACAUUCCACUAAAAACAGUGAAACAGGCGGGAAAACAGCAAAGUGCUGCGAUGAAUUGUUGGGUAAAGAUGGACCUGUGUGUUGACUUGAGUGUGAGUGUGGCGCUGUACUUGUACAGAUGAGAAAAUGUGUUGUAAAAUAUUCCAUUUGCACUGCAUAGAUUAGAACCUGCUCUUAACCAACAUCAGAAUAUUAACAAUUUACACCAUUUUUCAUCCAGAAAAAAAAAUCUCAAUUAUUUAUUUUUGUAUUGUUGACAUUUGGAUGCAGCUGCUGUGCUAACUUAGAGUUUUUAUAACUAGCUGCCCCCGUUUUCCCUUUGAAUCCGUGUUAGGGGACUCCAGCCGGUGUUGACUUAGUAAAUCUCCUCUUGGUGGAGGAUGUACAGAAAAGUUUUUUAAAGAUAGCAGGUGAAAUGUUCUCUUACCGUCCUGUGGAAAGGAAAUGAAUGUCUACACAUAAGUGCGCUGCAAUAAAUGAGUUUGUGAACUGAU